AUGACUUUCUCUCAAUCACCUGGCCCGCGCAUUCUCGCUAAUACUUUUGCAACUAUCUUUGUCGCAUUCGGUAUCAAUGCCAUUCUACGUCCAGCCCAAGCACUCACCUUCUUCGAGUUCCAGCCCCCUGCCUCUGCAGUGGACAAGCAGAUGGUUGACAGUCUCAUGGCAAUCUACGGAGUUCGGGAUAUCUUCAUGGGUGCUGCAAUCUAUGCGGCCGCCUACUUUGGUACUCGUCCAGCUCUGGGCUGGAUCUUGAUUGCUGCUAGCAGUGUUGCAUUUGCAGAUGGUUUUGUUUGCUGGAUGCAUGGCCAGGGUGCAUGGAAUCACUGGGGAUAUGCGCCAAUGAUUACUAUAGUUGGCAGCAUGCUACUCGGGCUCUUUGACUGA